AAGGGUUACACGUGUAUUAUCUGGAAUCUUCUUUACCUUAUCCAUUUGGAGUGAUGUGGCGCUUCUUACAGUGUUGUUGACGUGGCGAUAGUUUAUGUGGCCUUUGAUUCAGCGAAAUGCCUAAGUCCAUAUAAUGCUGGUAAGAUCCCUAGCUCCUGGAGGUCAAAGCUCGGGAGCUCGCGCUCAUUAUUGGAGGCUUUAUCUCUGGUCUUCAGUCAUAAAUUUCCCGGAAAGUCACUUUUCUGGGCAUACCCGGUCGGUGAUAGGUGUGAAAACACAUAAUACUUUCUCAUAAAAUGUGGUCUUUGUUUGUUAACUUUUGCAGAUUAUUCUCCCAUUUUGGUUUUAUUUGUUCAAAACUUUGGUUGUAGGAACCACAUGAAGGACUUGAGCUUUGUAGGGGUGACAACCGAGCAUUUGAAGAGUCUCGAGAGCAUAAAUGAAUUAUUUGAAGACCCCGGGAACCAAGCGGAGCAUAAGGAAGCAAGAAACGAAGAUGUCGGAGGUGUUUCGGGGAAGGCAGCCUCAAGAACGCCUAAGGGAACGUCGUUUCACCUAGCGUUCCCCCGUUUUGUUCCUCCGGAUUUGGAAUUUCAUGUCCCAGGUGUGGGAACGCUAGAAGGGGACGUCGUUCCUGUAAUCGUUCCUGCGAGAACGACGUUCCUCUUCCAUUCCUCCCAGAGUCGAACUUUCUACCAACUGACUGCUUUAUUUUGUUAAGGGUAGGAACGCCGCGGUGGAACGUCAUUCCUCCCUGGCGUUCCCCCGAUUCCCCAUUUGUAUAAAUAGCGGCCCUUGUUCGAAAUUUCAUAGUUUUUGGACGAGAAUUAUCUUGCAAACCCUAGUUUUGGUUGUAAGCUUCCUUAAACUCUUGUGCAUUGAAUUCCUAAGCUUUAUUUACAUCAAAUGCUUGUUCUUCU